GAGUGUUGUAACGAUUCCAGUAAAGGACAUCACAUAUCCUGUUCGUUCUGCGGAGAGAGAGAGAGAGAUUAAGGGAGAGAGAGUUUCUGAGUCUCUGAUUCCGUCUCUAAACGUCGUUAAAUAUACAUCUUCUGUAGAGAUCCUUCCCCGUCGGACACAAACACAAUCCUCCAGGUUCUGUAUUUGACUCGAGCUCCUCCUCACUCUCGAAAUGGAAUCAUUGUUUCUUAUUUUCGUAAUACUUCUGGAGAGAAAGUCUGUGGAAUCUGCAGUGAGUGUGAGGCUGGUGAAUGGCGGCAGCCGAUGUGCCGGGACAGUGGAGGUUCAUCACGAUGGACAGUGGGGCACAGUGGAUGGCUAUGGCUCUGGUGACUCUGGUUGGGAUAUGCUGGACGCGGCUGUGGUGUGUAAGGAGUUGGGCUGUGGAGCCGCGCUGUCAGCCUCAGGAGACGCUCACUUUGGGAUGGGCUCUGGUCACAUAAUAACGUAUAAUGUUCGGUGCAAAGGGAGUGAGUAUGCACUAAGAUAUUGUUCCUCAGAGAACUGGCGUCACUAUUAUUCGUCACACUCCUCUGAUGCUGGCGUCAUCUGCUCAGAUCGUUUGAGGUUGGUGAAUGGCGGUAGCCCCUGUGCCGGGAGAGUGGAGGUUUUUCGCAAUGGACAGUGGGGCACAGUGAAUGGCUUUGGCUCUGGUGACGAUGGUUGGGAUAUGUUGGACGCGUCUGUGGUGUGUAAGGAGUUGGGCUGUGGAGCCGCGCUCUCAGCAUCAGGAGACGCUCACUUUGGUGAAGGCUCAGGUCCCGUUGUGACGUGGAAUGUCCGGUGCAGAGGGAGUGAGUCUACUCUGAGGGAUUGUCUGUCACAGCCCUGGGGUGGUGGCUAUUCCUGGCCACACUCCUAUGAUGCCGGCGUCAUCUGUUCAGGAGGUAACCCACCCAAACUGGUGAAUGGAGACAGCCGGUGUGUGGGGAGAGUUGAGCUGUACUACUAUGACACUUGGAGAACAGUUUGUGGCGAGACGCUGAACAUGGAGAUGGCAGGAUAUAUUUGUAACUAUUUGGGAUGUGGAUUUGCUGUAUCAGUCUCAAGUAACGCUCGCUUUGGAGAAGGAUCGGGGCCUGUGGUUGGUCGGCCUGACUGCGGACACGGGCAGGACGGUGGCAUAUUCUGUUCAGAUCCACUUCAGAAAGCCAUCAUUUCCCUGAAGACAGAUUCCCCGUUCUUUGUGGGAGGGGAAAGCGCUCAGAUCUCAUGUUCUGGGAAUUAUCCAGGCAGCAUAUUCUCUUUAUACAUAGACGGCAAGUUUCUCAUAUCACGGACAACUCAGGAAAACAUCCACACGUCAAAUUUCACCCUGUCGGAUUUCAGUGCAGGAAAUUACACGUGUAAAUAUACUACACAUAUAGACGGUCGAGAGUUCACAUCCCCAGAGAGCGAACGAGUGGGAAUCUAUUUGUGGGAUCCGCUCCAGAAAGCCAAAAUUUCGCUGAAGCCAGAUUCCCGGGUGUUUGUGAGAGGGGAAAGCGCUGAGAUCUCAUGUUCUGGGAAUUAUCCUGGCAGCAAUUUCUCUCUCUACAGAGAUGAUGCGUUUAUCAUAUCACAACCAGCUCCAGAGAAUAACAACACGGUAACAUUCAUCCUAUCGGAGAUCAGUGCAGCAAACUACACGUGCAAAUAUACUACACAAAUAGACGGACGAGUGUUUACAUCAAUAGCGAGCGAUCGAAUGGGAAUCACUGUGCGCGCAAAUUGGACCUGGAAGCACAUUACAGGACUGGCUGCGGGGAUUGUCGCUUCGUUAAUGAUAAUUGUGUUACUACUGGGAAUCAGUGAAUAUAAGAAAGGUAAACAGAAGAGUUCAAGUGGGGAAAGGAACGUACCCACGGGAGGCGGCCCUGAACCCAGCAACGUCACCUAUGCUACGGUGAGAAAGGUUCCCCGGUCGGUGCCUCCAAUGAAUGCUGACAUCAUCUACGCUAAUCUGAUGUUGGGAAACAGGAUUGAGAAUGGCCAUGAAAACGGUGAGAAUGAUGGUCCAAUCUACGCCACAGUCAGAGUGUAGCCCGGAGGCCGGUGGCCAUCUCCUCGCUCCAGCUCCUCAUCAGCAACUAUAUUCAAUACCAGCUUCAGUUUGACUUCAAUGGGUCACUCGCGGCACUUGUCUCGCUGACAUAAGUGGAGAUUGAGUCACAGAAUGAGAUAGAAUGAGUGAGUGAGUGUGAAUGAGUUAGAGAGAGAGACUGAGUAAGAUAUAAUGAGACUGAGGGUGAGAGACUG